CUAUCUGGAACGCGCAGUACCACAGAAGACAGAGCAAAACAUUCCGGCUCUCAAGCGUUAGCUAAAUCCGUUAUUUUCAAAGCUUUUAAAUAAUUUUGAUCAGAAUGGAUUGUAUUUUAAAUUGCAAGCCAGAAAACCUUGAGGAUUAUUACGGGUUACUCGGAUGUGACGAGUCAUCUUCGUCAGAACAGAUUGCCAAUGAAUACAGGGUAAAAGCGUUAGCAUGCCAUCCAGACAAGCACCCAGAUAAUCCAAGAGCAGUGGAAGAGUUUCAGAAGUUGCAGGAAGCAAAAGACGUUUUGUGCAAUGAAAACAGCAGACGAAACUAUGAUGUCUGGAGACGGAGUGGAAUAACCCUACCAUUCCAUGCGUGGUUAGCUUUAGGCGACUCUGUCAAAACCUCAAUGCAUUGGGCGGUGAAGACCAAGAAAGAACCCAUGCUGGAGUGCUCUAAAGCAACCUUUCCUGACCAGUGUCAAGACCAAGACUUUAAAUCACCAGAGUUACCAUCACCAGAUACAGUACUAUCUUCAAGUGAUUACUGCCAUCGCCAUUUUCGCUGGGCUUCUGACUCCCCAUCCAGUCUUCUGCAGAAAUUCAGAAAUUAUCAAAUUUAAAGACACAAGUAUUAUUUGUCAGUUAAAUAAUGUUACUUGUCAGCUACCAUGUGUCACCAAUUGGCUUAUUUCUGUGUCAGGUGUAACCUAUUAGAACGUCUGUAGAUGAAAAUUGGUGCCAAUGAAAUUAAAAUUGGUGCCAAUGAAAUGAAAAUUGGUGCCUUGGUCGUGAGUAUUAUUCAUAUACAUUGUAUCUCUAUUUGUCUGAAUGUAGAAAAAAUGUAGGCUGUCUUUUUGCUCUAUCUUGCCUUACUGUUUAAAAUUGUAUUGAUGUAAGAUGCACUGAAUUGUAUUUUCUGUUAAAAGAUAACAAAGGAUAUGCUUACAAAACGAUAUCCAUAUCCCGGGGGGACGGGGUGUUAAGCCCCGACUGUAUUAUGAACGUAGCAAUGCCUCCUGCAACUAAAACCAAUAAACAUUGCAAUAUUCAAUACAC